GCAGGGGCGUCUGCGCCACUGGGCACCAUGUUGUGUUUUCUGAUUUAAGGAAAGCUGUUUUGUAACAAUACUCAGGGAAUUCGGGCAGAUCUUAUCUGAGGUACCAGGGAAACCCCAGCGGAGGAAGUUUCCAUGAGUUUUUCUAGAACCUUCCACCCACGUAAACAAUAUUCAAGAGCAGACUCAUUCAGGAAGGACCCGGGCGGCUGCGUCUCCACUCGCCAGCAGAUUCCAGUUCGAAGGGAAAAGUCGGUUUCAGCUCCGUUAACGUUCUCGUGGCGCAAGCAGCCUGAAGGGGAGAUAGAGGCCCCGGCUUCCCAGGGCGAAAGCAGCUCGGGCAGCUCCGGGCGCUGGGGUGGCGGCGCCGGCAGGUGGGGCCGGGCCGAGGGCCGGCAGGGCGGCCCGGGAGGGGAAGACUCGAACCCCUCGCAGCACCUGCAGGCUUCGAGGGGAUUCGUGAGCCGGACGGAAAUCGACCCCGUGUGUCGGUCCGCGGGGUCCCCACCGUCGGGGAGGCCCUUGUGAAGGACCUCGAGCCACAGCAAAUAACGCUGGACUUUCCACGAAACCUUGAAGCUUUGAAGGAAAACGCAGCGCGACGUAAACGUGUAGAGUCUUUUUAUUCCACAAACAAUCCAAGAGGAACCGAGGGAGCAGGAACAGGCGCCUGAUGCCGGGCGACGCGUGAGAGACACGUGAGAGACGGCCCGGGGACCCAGGGCCCAGGACGUCUUUCCAGCGGCUCUUUCUCGUCACCUGUUCUCUGUUGCCUGCUCUUGUUUCACAACAGGGCGCGUGUAUAAAGAGGAGAAGAAAAGCUGUCCUGGCCUGAAGGGAGUGUCCCAAGAACCAGUGAGGAGGACGCAGGACCCCUGACACUUGCCACCCUGUCCUGCUAGCCAUGCUGACCUUGACAUUCCCCCUUCUGGCUCUCCCCUGCUCUGGACCACCCUCCCGGCCACCUCCCUGAGUGUUCAGAGUGGACAUUGGGACAACCCCAGCUGCACCAAAGGCGUGGUUUCCGUGUCCAGAGGGGAGCGUGCCGUGAUGGCCUGCAACAUCUCCAACGACUUCCGGGGCAUCGUCAUCCACCGGGGUCCCCACAGGAAGGGCCAGGCCCUCUUCCGCGUCAGGCGUCCAGGAUAUUUCAGCCGGGCCGGGUGGCAGCUCCACGUCCAGGGAGGCACGGCACAGCUGGUGAUUGACGAUGCGAAUGACACCCAGGCGGGGUACUAUAUGUGGCAUCUCCAGGGCCGGCAGAGAAAUGUCAGAGUCACCAUGCUGAAUGUCUCAGAGGCAGAGCCCCAAGAUCUGAAGGAGACAGGACAUCUGCUCUUCGCUUCUUCGCGCGACCCGGACAUGGACACGCCACACCUGCCCAGGGCCAAAGACCAGCUCAACGUGGUCGUUGUGGUCAUUAGCGUCAUUGUCUUCCUGGGUCUCCUGCUGGUCAGCAUGUCCGCCUGCACCAAAAGCAUAUUUCCCCGCCCCUAUGCCUUCUGGAAGUACGAGGCCCCCCGGGUCUGACACCCGGCUCCUCUGGAGGCUGGUGGUAGUAGAGGUCACCCCAGGCUGCAGGUGCGAAGUGGAGCAGAGAGCACACGCCCCUCGGUUCAAGGACCCCAGGUGCUGUGGCAGGUGCCUACCCCAGCCAGGCCCUCCGGGUCCCCAGAGCACUGGCUUUGUGGCAGGACGCCCUGGAGGACACACAGAAGCUGGGCUUCCUGCUCCUUCCAGGAGACCGCGUCCCGAGGGUGCAUCUGCGUGUAUGUGAGCACGUGUGGCCUGCGCGGUCCUGAGUGUCUGCGCCACAGAUCGCUGACUCUGAGCAGAGGAGUGAGGCCCUGUGAGGAGGGUGACCAGCGGGCCUGAAACCCAGAACCGACCCCAGGAGCCCUUCCCGACCCUGAGGCCACCAGCCCCUUCCGUUCCCCCCUUCCUGGCAGGGAGCUUGCUUCUUCCUCUUCCUGGGUCUCUCAUGAAUAAAUAAAAUCUUUUUUAAAAGCUAAAAAUAAGGGAUCCCUGGGUGGCGCAGCGGUUUGGCGCCUGCCUUUGGCCCAGGGCGCGAUCCUGGAGACCCGGGAUCGAAUCCCACGUCGGGCUCCCGGUGCAUGGAGCCUGCUUCUCCCUCUGCCUGUGUCUCUGCCUCUUUCUUCUUUCUCUCUUUCUCUCUGUGUGACUAUCAUAAAUAAAUUUUAAAAAAUUAAAAAAAAGCUAAAAAUAA